CGCAGCGCACGGACUCUCCAGCUCUGCAGCUCGGCGGUAAUCAGCGUGGAGGGUCCGGUCCAGACCAGCGUCCCUCAUCCCCGCGGAGCUCCACUAGCUGCUGACCUCCACAGAGGCAACAGGAAACCGACAGACUCCAUCACCCCUGGAUGUUUUUAAUCCAUCAUCUCAGAUUUUCUGACAUCUGGCAGGAGUGGAGCGCGUCAUCUUUAAAAACAGAACCAGCCCAGAGCGGCGGCAACUUGGUGGAUCAUUUUGUUUUCUGUGUACUGUGCUGAGAGUGUUGAGGGUUGCUCUGGAGAACCGGGACAUCUGAUGAUUGUUUACCUGAACGACCAUGUGACCGGAUCUUUUGGAAAUGGGGAAGAAUCAGAGCGUUUUGCUUCAGUCUGUUAAAAGUCCAGCUUUCCUGACUCGUGUCUGCAGAGCAGACGCUCCACACUGCGUAGAUGAGGAAAUGAUGAGCUCUUGUGAACAAAGACAGAAGAAUUCAGGAUGUACCUCCUGAAGCACCAUCUUCAUGUGAUAAGCUCUCUGAUCGUCACUUUUCACACAGACAUGGAUAAAAGUGGAUGACAGCAACUUUAAAGUCAAAAGGAGGCAGGAAGUGGCUUAUUGGACGCCGAUCACUCUGAAGUGAAUCAAUGAUUCAUCCAUCAGAGGAUGGGGUGUGUCAAAUCCAAGAGAAGCGAGGCUGCUUCCCAACAUACAAACUCCACGGAGAAGGUGGACGGAAAAAGGAAAAAGAUGAGGGGCGAGAAGGCCUACUUGGUGGGCUCCGAGCCAGGCUCGGUGGAGAGCUCCCCUCAGGUCAACUCGGUUCUCCUGGAGUACGCCCAGAAGCUGUCGGAGGAGAUCGUGGCCCGGGCCGUGCAGCAGUGGGUGGAGGUGGACAGCCGCUACAGCGACAUCCCCUACAUUGAGUGUGAUGUGCCAUGACGGGAGGCGGGAUAUCAGGCGGUCCAUGGAACAAAUGAAAGAAUUAAUCAUUCAUGCUUCUAUCUGGUAUCGGAACCAGCCGUCUGUAAUUCAGUUUUGACCUACUUUUGAAUUGGAUUAUGCUUGGAUUGAGCCUAAACCCCUCCUUCACACUGACCAAAGAGCUCUGAUCCCACCUACUCAGAGUUGGAGAUCGUCUUUCUCAGUCCGUAUCUGUCCUCUAACAGAGAUCUAAUCAGAUAUCUGCUGUGGAACUCUAUCCCACCACUGUUGUCCAGGGGUCAGGAAGUUAUUAAUGGAUCUGAUCAUUUGGAGAACUUAAACUCUUACUGAUUAUCACCAUGUCAGAAACACACCAUCUGUGAGACUCCUCCUGGAGAAACGAUGGGCCACCUCUGCUUGUUUCACUGCCAUUAGCUCGCCUUAAUCACUGCCUCCCAUCCACCAGGUUCAGGAUUUCUUGUGUACAAUUUAAGGCCCUGUCCACACAUAGCCGGGGAUCUGCCAAAACGUAGGUAUUUUUCUACGUUUUGGCCUGUCAUCCACACGAAAACGGAGUUUUUUCACAGGAAAAUUGAUCUCGUUAAAAACUCCGGCCAAAGUGAAGAUCUGCGUUUUCUCCGUUUUGGGUGUCUGCGUGUGGACAGACAAAACCGGAGUUUUAAGGUCCGCAACGUCACUUUCCGCGACAAAAAAUUGCUGACAUCACGUGUGCGACCUGUGUUUACACUAGCCGACAGCAUGGAUGCCCUCAGAGCUGCGCUCGCUUUAUCAAUUGUCCAAGCGCUGUGUGUGGACAGUUUAGUUUUUUAAAAUGAGGUGGUGUGGAUGCAAGUUUUUGGAGGGGCGGAUAUUCGUUUAAAAAAAAUGGCUACGUGUGGACUAGGCCUAAAUUGAUGCAUUUCCUGGCUGUGGUCUGCAAAUAAGGAGCAACUUGGGAACUUUUAGAAAAAUUGUCUCUUUGUGUAUGAAAGCGAUGGCACAGGUAUGAUUCAACUGCUCAUUUCUUUAAUUUCCUUCCCAGCAGCCAGACUUUCUAAAGGUCUUUCUGAGAUUUUCUUCAGGCUUUAGCUGCUUUUCAACUUGGGUUUGAAUUCCAACUCAUGGAUCAUGCAAAAGGCUCCAUAACUCAAGGGAUUCGAGCUGGAAUUUGUGUGGACACAACUUUGCCCGAACAAAAACUUCAAAGAGGUUCCAGUUCUGAUUUUGGAAACAGUUUCAUCCGCUGUUGUGUGUUCAUUAAGGCCAGAAUCCACAGGAGACAAUUCCAAACAAACAGGAAGGAAGGUCUGGCUGCUGGGAAGCAAACCUGCACGAGAUGAGGACUGAAUCAGUGCUUCUUGUUAUCUGUGGUUAAGAUCAGCUGUUGCACCAAUCAAGCCUGGGCUUUGGGAUGAUGUCAGUUUGGGCAUUAUUAACCCUGUCUAGAUUAUCCAAAUUCUAAUCAAACUGCCAGUUUAGCUGCCAUAAGGUCAAAUAAAAUGACCCAAAACAA